UAUUUAACAUCAAGUAUUUUAAAUUGUAAUAAAGAAUAAUUGACCGCUGAAUUAAAAUGGCGCGAAUAAUAACGUCGGGAACAUUUUUAAUUCUCACGAUAUUAAUAAAUUCAAGUACAUCUACUCCAGCAUUGCUGCUGAGUUCUAUGGGUCUGAUGGAUUUUGCUGAUUCCAUAGGAACUAAAAUUCAAAAUAUACUAGCUUGGAAGGAUAAAACUGUUGGUAAUCCAGAUGCACUGGCCGAAGAAACAUUGAGAGAAGUCAAAGGAUUGUCUGUGCAAAUGGAGGAGCUUAAAAAUUUUUUCGAUCAAAAAACAGAUAGUUCAGCUAUGAAAUUAAAUCAAGCAAACAUAAAUAAUACUGAAUUCAGUAAUGCUAUGAAGACUAUUAGUGACAGCCAUUUGUCAAUUGAUAUUGAGUAUAGAAAAUAUUUACAUUUUUUAAAUAGUAAAAUAAAUGCGUCAACAACUAAUGCAUAUUUGAACGAAAAUCAAAACCAAAUUGAAAGACUUGGAUAUGCUAUUAAUAAAAUAUACAAUAUAUUUAAUUCCGAAAGAUCAGACCAUAAACAAUUUGUUAAUAUUAUCAAUUACUUGAAUUCAUACGAUCAAAUACGAUGUGAUCAAGCAAAGUCUUCACAACAAUGGCUUUUUUAUGAAUUCAACAAUAUUAUUAUAAGUGAAGUUCGGGCUUAUGUAAUUAUGGUUUUCCAACGCACGAUGAAAAUAAAUCACGGCAAACCAGACGAAGCACAAUAUUUCCGAGAUAGUUUGACUCAUUUACGAGAUGAUUUUCGAUCAAGAAUAAAUUAUUACUUGACAGCAUUUCCUUCAGCAUUGAAUAGUGUUUCGCGAGAUAUUCGUCGAUGUGAUGCUAAAUUCCCAAUUCGCGGUCAAAAUUAUUUCGAAUUUGAAAAACUUUAUCAAUCUUAUAUUAUGAAUUCCGAUGAAAUAAGUUCUCCAUUUUGUCCAACUUGUGACUCAAUAAAAUCGCAUAAAGGUCAUCUUCUACAAUCGCCAAGUGAUCCUAAUUUACAGAAUCCAGUCAAAACAACAUGCAAUGGAGAAAUAUCAAACUGUGAAAUGUUUCCUCCUUUACCUCUCCAUAGUUUUGAUGUUUGUUUACGGCCUAAAGAAGAGCGGAAACGGUACAAUUGGUUUACAGAUGAGAUUUAUUAUUAUGGUAAUAGUAUACGUAGUCCACAUAAAAAUGAUGAUUGUAAAGGUGGACAAAUUCACAAUAUCCUAGCUCACCAACACAUAACAUUUCAUGCUCGUCAAUAUUCUAGAACAAGACUUUGUCAUUAUUGUUUAUGUACUUGCGCUGCAACUAAUGACACUACAUCUGAAGCUACUCGAGCUAUCAGUUUAUUAAGGCAGCGAUCCAAUAUGGCUGAUAAUAGAGUUGUAAUUGGGGUAAGAUUAGUUUCGAAAGACAACGUAGUUCAUAUUCAAAUAAAAGAAGGUAAAUUAAUGAAAGAAGGAAAUAUAUUGCCUGGUAGUCAGAGAUGGAUUCCAUUAGAGACAAUAAACUAUAGAGAUAGUACACUUGAAAAUCAUCAGUUUGCUUACAUUGAUAAAUAUGACAAUACUAUGAUUUUAGAUGACUUCAUGGCACCCAGUAAUUCAGUUAUUGUUGGAGUAAGUUUUACUAAAUAUGAUAAUUAUUAUUAUAAUUGGAAAGCAAUAGGCUUAGAAAUAAUGGCCGCUCCAUUUAAUUGGGCUACUGGUAAAUUAGAUAUUGACGAAGCAAGUUGGAUGGCUCCGGGAACUGUUCAACAUGAAAAUAUAAAUGAUGAAAAUCUCUUUGGUCAAGCAAGAACAGAUCUUGAUGAUCCACUUAAACCACUGUUUAAUUUACCGGUGCUACAAAACAGUAUUGUUAAAUUCGCAAGAUCAGACUUAGGUAAAGAUGCUGGACAAAGUGUUUAUCCAUAUUUCGAUUCGCAAGAAGUUGUAACAAAUCCUAGUUUUCCAUUGGGUGGUAUUGGAUUAUUUAAAAGAGGUACUGAAGGUUUUGGUGGUUUCGUUGCACCAAAAAUAUAUACAGCAAAUAUUAUAAAGGAUCAUAUUCAAUAUACCGUAAACAAUAUUUUGCAGCAGAAUAUAUAUAAAUAAUUUUAUGUUUAUCGAAUUAAUAAUGAUUAAUAAUGUUUUUUUUUUUAAUUAUUUUAAUAAUAUGAUAAAUUAAUCAUAAAUUUUAUAAGAGAUACUUUUUAAAAAAUUAAUUCAAUUUAUAUCGAAUAUAUUACUGUCCAUAUACUUCUGAAUACACUAGACUAAAGACGUAGAUAAGCAAUAACGUAGAGACCAUUUUGAAAAUUAUAUUAAAAAUUUUUUUAAUAAAAUUUAUCUUGAAAUUAGA